GUUUCAUUUCUUCGAACCUCCUAGGCUCCCACUCAGAGACUCUCAAACACUCUCCCCGCCGUAACUCUCCUCAGUCCUCACUCACUCACUCAGUUCUCACUGUCUCGCUCAGUCGCUCACGGCUCUCCUAACUCUCUCGCUCUGUCGUUCACCACCGGUUGACCACCGCAAGAUUUAAUUUGUAGCCUAAGAAACUGAAGAAUUUCCGGCAAGGUUUCACCGCAAGGUUUCCCUUUUUGGUUACCGCAGGGAUUGUGGAAGUUGUUAGGCUUAAAAUUGUGAGGGAACACAAUUAUUACGACAUGGAAACAAUUCUUAUCUCAAUCUUCUGGCUAAUCCCACCUUAUUUCCUGAUUGGAUGUGCAUAAGUUUUCACAUUUAUAGGACACGUAUCACCUCCACAUUCUUCCAGAUGUUUCGCGAAAGACUGAGAGAUCAGAGUUUCCAGAAAUUUCUCUUCCAAUUAUUAAAUUCCACCAUUUCCAUUUCUCCUUCACUCUUUGACGCUCAUCUCACUUCAACAAUUUCAAUUGCAACAACUCUCUACAGUUUGACAGAAGUUCAAAUACAGGGAAAACAUGGCACUAGUUGAGGAAAUGUGCAACAUGGGUUUCGGAAAUUUGAUGAACGAUCAAGAUCUUCUGACAAAGGUAUUAAACCGGUUCACCAAAGGAGACAUGAAUUCUGGGGAUAAAACUCAGACUCCUCUUGCUGAUAUCCUUUCCACCCCCAAGGAGUACAUCUUUCACGUCGAUGUUCCCGGUCUUUCAAAGUCUGAUAUUCAGGUGCAAUUGGAAGAUGAGAAUGUAUUAGUGAUCAAGGCGAGUGGGAAAAGGAAGAGGGAAGACGGAGAAGAAGAAGGAUGCAAAUACCUCAAGUUAGAAAGAAGUGUUUCCCAGAAAAUGAUGAGGAAGUUCCGACUACCUCAGGAUGCUGAUUCUUCUUCCAUAUCUGCUAAGUGCGAAAAUGGAGUUCUUACUGUUACUGUGCAGAAGAUCCCACCUUCUAAGCCUAAGACUGUUCAAGUUACUAUCUCCUAGAAUGUUCUUAGAGAUUCGAAUUUCGAGUACGAUGUAAUGGGUUUUGGGUGUUGGAUUUCUAGUUCUGGUUUUUGUUCGAAAGCUCUAUGAAAGAUUACUAAUUCUGGGUUUGGGGUGUUAGAUUUGUAGUUCAUAGAGAUUCGAACGAAAUCCAUCUCUGUAUCCUUGUAUCUUUUGAUCAACAUGAAUAUUGUGAAAUUAGCUCAAAA